AUGGCCGUCAUCGAGAGCAUACCCGGCGUCGAGGUUCAUGUGAUCACUAACGAUCAACCUCUCAUUGAAUAUACCGACCCAGAUGACUCAAAAGAGUACAGCGAUCCUGAUGCUGAGGUCCCACCGUGCACCGUUGCUCGCUACAUCGAAGCCAAGAACAAUCAGGCCUUCGCCAUACGUUGUACGGUCACGAGAAGAAGUUUCAAGUCCGACGGUGUCAGCUUCAACGUCUACGUCAAUGGACAAUUUGUGGAAGAGAGAAUCGUCUCGAGGGACGAAUGCGGGCCGAAGAAAAAGACUGUAUUCAUUGAAGGUGCACCCACUGGUCCUCGCUCCUUUCGACCUUUUGUAUUUGCCGGUCUCAACAUCAAAACAGCCACAGAAAGCAACGCAGACAAUGACAUCGUCCUCGAUCCGAAUUCCCUAGGCCACGUACAGGUUGAAGUCAUUCAUGUAACCAUUGGUCCCUCAUUCACACCAGUCGAACAAGCGCCUCAACUCCAAGAUGGAGAUAUCACGAUAUCUGAAAAGGCCAUAAAAGGCAGCUCGGUAUCGUAUAGCGUGAAAUUCGCGCCUCAAGAGUCUCUGACUGGACCCAACUACUAUUUUCAAACAACCAACAUUGAUCCCGAGCAUAGGCCAGCUGCCAUUUUCAACUUUUACUGUCGCUCGCUCGAAUCUCUUAAAGCGUUGCUUAUUGUGCCGCGGACGCCUUCUCCGCCUCCUAUCGAAGCAAAAGAUCCUGACGAUCUCAGCCGCGAAGAGAUUGCAGAACUACAGCGCAGAAUAUUAUCGAAGGACACGGAGCUGAUAAAAGUCAAGAGAGAGCGCACCGAGGAAAACACACCACGAAAGAAGGCGCGCAUCACCCCAAGCUCGCAAGUACUUGAGCUUGAUGAUGAUGAAGGCGUGCGUGAAGUCGAGAAAAGCUCGCUUUUUAUCCAAGAGCCGGAGGUGAUCGUGAUCGAUGACUGA